UCCCUCCUUUUCCUCUCUCCUCUCCUCUUUUAACCCUCCGUCUCUCCUUCGCUUUUUUCAUUCUUCCCGCCGCUUGUUGCUUUGGAGAUUUCACACUUUUCUCAGAACAAGGAAACAAGGACACGAGGAUGGAUUUAAGGAGCUAGGAAGCACGUGAGGACUAACUGUUUGGAUACGGACCAAGGAUUAAAAAGCCAUAGCGUUAAGGACACAUGAUGUCGGCGCCUCCUCUGAUUCGUGCUCCCAGCCCUCUCCCGUUUCCCGGGGCGACAGAGGAAGAGGGCGGGGCAGCUCCACCAGGGGGCGUGGUCUCCUUCCACAUCCAGAUCGGACUGAGCAGAGAGCCUGUUCUACUGGACUCUGGAGACCUGAAUCUGAGCCAAGUCCGAGAGGUGGCCUGCUCCAUCAUAGACCAGAAGCUCCCAGAGUGUGGGUUCUAUGGGAUGUACGAGAAGAUUCUUUUGUUCCGUCAUGACUCGUCCUCAGAGAACCUGCUCCAGCUACUGCGCUCGGCCAGUCAGAUCCAAGAUGGAGACCUGGUGGAGGUCGUGCUCUCAGCGUCUGCCACAGUAGAAGACUUCCAGAUCCGUCCUCACUGUCUCUUCGUGCACUCGUACAGAGCCCCGGCGUUCUGUGAUCACUGCGGAGAAAUGCUCUGGGGGCUCGUCCGGCAGGGACUCAAGUGUGAAGGUUGCGGGUUGAAUUACCACAAGCGCUGUGCCUUUAAGAUCCCCAACAACUGCAGCGGCGUGCGCAGACGGCGUGGCUCAAACGUGUCCUUGGGUGGGGGUCUGGGUGGAGGUUUGGGUGGGGGUCUGGGUGGACUAGGUCUGGGUCUGGGUCUUGGGACUUUGGGGAACCGGCCUCUCUCUGCUGAACCAUCUCCUCCACAUUACUCCGACGAUGCUCUGCUGUCUCCAGUCAGCCCCAACAUGGAGAAGUCCCAGAUGGACUUCCUCCCUGGCCGUGAGCGCAGGUCCAGCUCUCAGUCGUACAUCGGACGUCCCAUCGAACUGGACAAAAUGCUCCACAGAAUCAAAGUCCCUCACACCUUCCUCAUCCACUCCUACACCAGGCCCACGGUCUGCCAGGUCUGCAAGAAGCUGCUCAAAGGGAUCUUCAGACAGGGACUGCAGUGUAAAGACUGCAGAUACAACUGUCACAAACGCUGUGCGGCUAAAGUCCCCAACAACUGUCUGGGAGAAGUGUCCAGGAACGGAGAGCUGCUGAGUCCUGGGGCGGAGUCAGACGAGCACGACGGCGGCAGGAGGGCGAGCCUAUUGGACGACCUGGAGGAAGUGAUGUCAUCAGAGGGCGCCCUUCUGCUGGAGACCGGGGCCAGCGAUGACAUGGAUCUGGAUGACUCCAACCGGGCCAUCAGCCCCACCACGAGUAACAACAUUCCCCUGAUGAGAGUGGUCCAGUCGGUCAAACACACAAAGAGGAAGAGCAGCAAUGUGAUGAAGGAGGGCUGGAUGGUGCACUACACAAGCAAAGACACACUGAGGAAGAGACAUUACUGGCGUCUGGACAGUAAAUGCAUCACACUGUUCCAGAAUGACACCAGCAGCAAAUACUACAAGGAGAUCCCUCUGUCUGAGAUCUUGACCCUGGAGCCUGCUCAGACCUUCUCGCUCCUCCCCGAUGGAGCGAAUCCUCACUGCUUUGAGAUCUCCACCACAGCUCUGGUUUAUUAUGUGGGAGAAAACCUGUCUCGAUCUGAGUGUGGACUGAGUGGGAGCAGUCUGCUGGUGAGUGGAGUGGGGCAGGAUGUGGCUCGUAUGUGGGAGAUGGCCAUUCAACACGCUCUGAUGCCCGCCGUGUCCACAGGCAUCUCCCACAACAACCACCAACACACGGAGGUGUCCGUCAGCAUCUCUGUGUCCAACUGUCAGAUCCAGGAGAACGUGGACAUAAACUCGGUGUACCAGAUCUUCCCAGAUGAGGUUUUGGGCUCCGGACAGUUUGGCAUCGUCUACGGAGGGAAACACAGGAAGUCUGGGCGAGACGUGGCCAUAAAAAUCAUCGACAAAAUGAGAUUUCCAACGAAACAAGAAUCACAACUGCGCAACGAGGUCGCCAUUUUACAGAGCUUGCACCACCCAGGUGUAGUGAACUUGGACUGCAUGUUUGAGACCCCAGAGCGCGUCUUUGUGGUGAUGGAGAAACUUCACGGAGACAUGUUGGAGAUGAUUCUGUCCAGUGAGAAAGGACGGCUCCCUGAACGCAUCACCAAGUUCCUCGUUACACAGAUCCUUGUGGCUCUGAGGCACCUCCACUUUAAGAACAUCGUCCACUGUGACCUGAAGCCGGAGAACGUGCUGCUGGCCUCUGCUGACCCCUUCCCUCAGGUGAAGCUGUGUGACUUCGGCUUCGCUCGGAUCAUCGGGGAGAAGUCGUUCAGGCGCUCUGUCGUGGGGACCCCCGCCUACCUCGCCCCCGAAGUCCUGAGAAACAAAGGAUACAACCGCUCCCUGGACAUGUGGAGCGUAGGGGUCAUAGUCUACGUCAGUCUGAGUGGAACGUUUCCUUUUAAUGAAGACGAGGACAUCAACGACCAGAUCCAGAACGCCGCCUUCAUGUACCCACCCCACCCUUGGAAGAAGGUCUCACAAGAAGCCAUCGACAUGAUCUCAAACCUGCUCCAGGUCAAGAUGAGGAAGAGGUACAGCGUCGACAAGACCCUCAGCCACCCCUGGCUCCAGGAUUACCAGAUGUGGUUGGACCUGCGGGGUCUGGAGAUGCGUAUGAACGAGCGCUACAUCACCCACGAGAGCGACGACAUGCGCUGGCUGCAUCACGCACAGCUCAACGGUCUCCACGGCGAUGGAUCCGACCGGUACCCAGAGGUGGACGAGGAGCUGGAGACGCUGAGCGAGAAAGUCAGCGAACUGUGAUCCUAACGCUAAAGCUAAUGCUAACACUUACAAUUGUGAAAGAUUUAGUUUUAUUUUAUUUAAAAGUAGCAUUUAGAGUUUUAGGUUUUCAACUGUAUACGUCACUCAAGGUACAGGACCUGAGGUUCUCUGAGGAUCCAAACCAACAAAAACAAAAACAAACAAAAAACAGACAAGGACUAGGCUCAGAUCUGGUCCACUGCUCCUGACAAGUGUAACUUAGUCUACGUUCAGACUGCAGGGCUUAACGCUCAAUUCACAUUUUUCUGUGAAAUCCAAUUUUUUUGCAAAGUCGUUCACAUUUCCAUUUAAAUGUGACUUGUUUCUGAUCUCCAGUGUGAACUUUAAAUGCCCCAAAAGUGUCCCGCAUGUGCACUGGAGACACGACAACGUCACACACAGCGAGCAUGCUCAGUGUUUAAGGAAGUCGCCUAAACAUGGACGCAGCACUGAGCACAUGGAGAUUUUAAAGUUGCUGUCGUACCAGAGCCAGAACAUGUACAGACUAUUUGUUUAAGGAGGAGAUUAAGAAGGAGAAGGACGAGGUUUUUGGCCGUGGAGUUUUGUGGGGCAGUGGUAGCAAGGUCUGUAGAAAAAAACAUGUGGGUGCAGAGUCCGAGCCAAGAGUGGAGGGAUUGACAUGUGCUUCUCUGCUUCACUCACACAGAGUUCAGACACAAUUUUUGUACGUUGAGAAGAACGUUUGUGAACAUUUGUGACGUGUAGGGGGGAUGAAUGUAGCCUGGCCGUUCAGACUGAAGUCACAUGUCAAAAGAUCGGAUAUGUAUCGGUUUUAGGAGCACAUAUCCAAGUCGGCUGUGUCGCUUUUGAAAAAAUCGGAUCUGUGUCGUUCAGACUGUCAUGAAAGAUCAGAUACAGGAACACAGGGGCCAAAAAAAUCAGCUUUGGGUCACUUGGGGCUGCAGUCUGAACUUAGCCUUAGAGACACUGGUGGAUGGAUCAAAUGCAAAGGACAAUCUUAGCAGUAAAAAUAUAAAAAUAUUUCAUUUUAAACAAUUUGUAGUGGUCCAGAGUUAUUCCGCUUUUACCUUAUGCAUUCAGGGCAUCCAAAUUAUUCACCACAGUGAGUUUAUAAGCACUUUUCACAACUCUCAGAGACUAGAGGAGAGUUUUUACAUCAACAGCUAGGAUGCUAAUAAGCCCUUCCUGAUUCUGGGGCUAUAAAACUCUUAAUAAUUAGAUGUAGGCAGUACACAGCUGACUUAUUUUGACCUCAAGAGCUGUUUAUACAAUAUAUCUCUACUGGGGCAAGACACUUAAAUACAUUAAUCCUUAAAUACAUGGGGGAAAACAUCAAGUACAAAGACUUUAAAGAGCCCAUCUCAUGCAAAAUAACUCUUUUCACAUUGUAUCUUCUGCACAUAUUCAAGCACAAUUUGGGUUUUGGAACAUCCAUGACACAAUAGUUAUGAAAUCUUACUGAUUUCUUGGAGACAGUCACAGACCAGGAACUAUGAAAGACCGACUAUUGCUCCUCCCCCCGCCCGUCCUGAGAAAGCACAGGCUCCGCCCUCCAAAACGUGACGUAGUCUCUGAGUGAGCCGCCCUUCCUCCGCCCAUCUCAGGGAGGGAGGGGGAGACAGGUGUGCACCCUGAUAGUGGUAGGAAUAAACUUUUAUUCAUCAUGGAGAUACAGCGCGUUCAGCCGCAUGUGUUGGACCCGGAAUCGGACGAGGACUUUGAGAUGCACGAAGCUCAAGCACCGCGUCCCACAUCAACUGAACAUUACUGAUUGGUAAAGUUUUAAUAAACACUAGAAGAUCAACUUACUAUAUCAUGUUCACUGCAGUGUAGAACAAUGAACUUACGCUGUCGCUUUUGUUUAGGUGUUCAUGUGGAACUGUCAGUCGAUGUGGGAUGGAGGGGGGGCGGAGGUGGUGGAUCGGGGGCGGGGAGGCGGGUGUGAAGCGCUCUCUGCUAUGUCAAACGCGUCAUAGGUGUAGCUGCCGCGUCAUCAUUGUAGCAGCUUUAGUUUGUUGUCAUGUGGGAGGGUGGCAGAAAUACACUGCAAUUUGUUUAAAAAUCAAUCUAAAAACCACUUCGGCGACAAAUACAAGGCUCACACAUCACUCUUAGAAGAUAGAAAGCUCUGAAAAGUUGAUUUUGCAUUAGAUGGGCCCUUUAAAUGAGCAGUUCUGACUCUGGCCUGUAGUUGGCGCUCUGCAGAGAGUAAAUCGUGUGUAUAUUCAUACUCCUGUUGGUUUUGUUCCUCUGAGAGUCUCUGUAUCUUCAUCGGACAAUCAGACUUUUAUCUCCACUGUUUGGUCCUUCCUGCUCUGAGCCAUUAGCCUCAUUAGCUUAAAGCCUGGUUAGCCACAUGUUUGUCUCACAAUAUAGACUUUAUUUGGUAACGCCCACUUUCGCCUCUAAGUGCUCUAAACCGCAUUUGCUUAAUGGUGGUGCUUCUGGUUAAGCUUUAGAAUGAUCUCGAGCUGUGUCAGAGCAAGUAUAAGAGCACGUGGACCACUGUGGGACCUACCUGGAUGGGAAAAGAAAAGAAAAUAACACUGAAAAUCACAUUCUAUUCUCUGUUUUUCUACUCUGCAUUCGUCGUUUUAAUGUACAUCACCAGACUGAUUCUCUCUGUAAAAAAUAAUGAGAAAGACGUGAGGUUAACCAGGUUACGAACCGUCGCUAAAGUAUGUCUCAGUCUAUGUCAACAUACGUUUCAAAUGUCUCAAAUUAUUCUUAAAUAUGCCAAAAAUGAUAAAAAAUAACCAUGUUUUUGUGAUUUGUGAAUAUAAGGGUUAUAAAACUGCUCACUGCCUAAAGAUGAUUUAAUUAGUUUGAAAUAAACGUAAAGGGCCCAUGUUACGCUGUUUUCUCUGUUACGAUGUUGUUUACUCAUCAAAAACAGACCUGGAGUUGUGUUUGUUUCAUUCACACAUUCACACAACCCUAAUUGAAAACACUAUUUUGCUCCACUGUGUUUUUAAAGUUGACACACUUUCACUGAAAUCACUUGAAAUCACAAAAACUGAAAUUUGGAUCAUUUCAGCCACAGAACUGCCAACCUCUACUGAACUGAAAUUAAAAAGGAGAUGUUAACUUGACAACUACCACUACAUGACAUCACAAGGUGGUACAGAGCAUUUUUGGAGAUGUAAAUAGACUAAUAAUAAAGUGUAAAUCAGACAUGUGUGAAUGAAACUAAAUACAACUCCAGGUCUGUUUUGGAGGAGGUAACAACAUUGUGGCUUAAAGCUUUGCGUAAUAUAAGACCUUUAACAAAAAUACACAAUAUUUUGGAAAUUUAGAGCACUUAAGUUCACCUGUACAUGUGUGUGUACAGACGUACAUCCUGAGGUAAAAUUUUGUGUAUUUUUGGGUUUAUUGAAAAUGAUUUUGCCAUAAUUAUAACAAAGGGCUGUCCACGUCUUGUGCCUCUUUUUGAAGUCCCUGUCUAGUCCUGGUUUAGUCCUGGUUUAGUCCUGGUUUAGUCCUGGUUUAGUCCCAGUUUAGUCCCAGUUUAGUCCUGGUUUAGUCCUGGUUUAGUCCUGGUUUAGUCCUGGUUCAGACCUGGUUUAGUCCUGGUUCAGACCUGGUUUAGUCCUGGUUUAGUCCUGGUUCAGACCUGGUUUAGUCCUGGUUUAGUCCUGGUUCAGACCUGGUUUAGUCCUGGUUUAUUCCUGGUUCAGACCUGGUUUACACCUUGUUUAGUCCUUUUUCAGACCUGGUUGAGUUUUUUGUAUAGUAGUGUUUGCAUUAAUAUUCACUAAUUAAUAAUAUGUUAUGAAAUAUAAUAAAUACAUAUUAAUUUACACAGAUUAAUCGCCAUGUGAGUCCUGGUUUAGUCCUGGUUUAGUCCUUGUUAUAAACCGAUUACUAUGACUUUUAAUCCCUGAAUGUAUUUUAAAAUAACAUUUUAAAAACAAUUAUACCAGAAUGUAUUUUUGUGAAUUCACAUUUUGACCCUUUAAGAUUUUACUUUGAUUUUUUUCUGAACAUUUUAGAGUUUUGUGGAAAUGUCUAAAAUACAGAAAUAUUACAUGUUUUUCGAAGAAGCCAUUUUCCGACGAGCUUUAAAAAAAAAAACGUGUGGCUCCUGACUCCAUCUGCUGGUGACGUGUGAUACUGUGGGGUUCAUACUUCAGGAGAAAAGUGUUAAAAGUGUCUCUGUAUAUGUCACAGAUCAAAAUGGGACCUCAAUUCUGACACAGUUUGAACAAUGUGUUAAAAUUUAAAGAAGAGGCAUUUUGCAAAAUCUAUUCUUGGAUCUUUCUCAAAUGUUAUAACAUUGUUCGUUCAUCAAAAACACGCCUGAAGAGGGUUUAAUCCUCCAUGCAUGUCUGAGUAAUCUAGCAGUCUCUCUUUAUUGUACACUAUUGACUUAUUGAUCCCUAUUGAACCCUCUUUACAGUUAGCAGUACGAGUCUGUACAAGGCUCCACCCACAAACCUACAUCACCCAUGCUCCAACAAUUCUCCAUAAAUAUACAAAAACAUGAUACAAAACUCUGCACAAUAAUUUGACAAACCUGAAGCGAUGUGCAGUAGUUUCAUCAGCUGAUAGAUGCUGAUUGUGAUAGUGUUCUGAAGGGGGACUGACUUAGUUCAGAGAGCAAAUUGAUGUGGGACCCUCUAAAUUAUAAUAUAUUGUUAUGUGUUAGCAGUUACUACCCCAUGAAAGUAAAAUACUCCUCUUUAAAAACAAAAAAAGGAAACUGUAAACUAAUUUCAAUGCAGCUUUUGUGUCCACUCGCUCACUCUUCAUAUGACAAAUAAGUAAUAAUGAAUAAAUAAAUAAGUAACAAUAAAUAAAUAAAUAUGUUCAAAUAAGUUCACAUUUUGACUAAAAGUUUAUAAACUGUAUGAUUUGAGAAACAUUUUUGCAUAAAUGUUAAAAAAUAAAAUAAAAAAAUCACUUGUAUUUGACACAUUGUUCAAAUUUACAGAAUUGAGUCAGUAAAAUUUUGUAUUUUCAAAACUGAAAUAAAAAUUGUUGGAUUGUUCUGUCGUUGCCUGAAGUGCUCUGUGCCGCUCAGACUUGAAACAUUUCAGCGCCAUCUCAAUAAAUUAUUUUAAAAUCAA